AUGGAGUUCACAAAAAUGAAUAUCGUCUCAAGAAAACUGGUUAGGCCAUCCGUUCUCACUCCUCCUCACCUAAAAACCUUCAAGCUCUCUCUGUUGGACCAAAGAAUGCCGUCUAAUUUGUACGGAAAGAUCACUUUAUUCUAUCCUGGAAGCAACAAUAGGGCUAGUUUCGCAACCCUCAUCUCUAAAAGGUCAAACCACCUACAAAAUUCGCUAUCCAAAACCUUAGCUAGUUUUUAUCCUCUAGCAGGGCGGCUCAAAGACGAUGUCUCCAUUGAUUGCAAUGAUGAAGGAGCUUAUUUUGUAGAAGCCAAAAUGGACUGCAACUUGUCUGAUAUUCUCUCCCAACCUGAUCCUAACUCACUUGAACAUUUUCUUCCUUUCACUAGCGAUCAUGAAGCUUGCAACAUUGUUACGCUUAUUAAAAUCACAGUCUUUAACUGUGGUGGUACUGUCGUUGGAAUCUGUAUGUUACAUAAGAUUGCAGAUGCAUCAUCCAUGCUCACUUUUCUUAGGAGCUGGACAGCAGAUGUUCGUGGUCAAAUUGGAGUUCUUCCUAAGUUCAUCGAACCAUCUCUGAUGCCACCUUCUGAAAUACCAAUCAGACCAACUCCUGGCCUUCUUGGAGUUCAAAAUUUCAUCAGAAGGAGGUUUGUUUUCAACCACUCAAAGAUGGCCAGUCUGAAGGCGGAAUCCAGUACGCUACUUCGAAAGCUAGGUCAUAAUGCUCCCCCCACAAAAGUUGAGCUAGUAACAGCAAUUUUGUUGAAAUGUGCUAUUGCUUCUUCACAAUCUGUAUUAGGGAGACCAAGGCCUUCGUUGAUGUCCCAAGUGGUGAAUCUACGAAAUAAAAUGGUCCCUUCGCUGCCCGCGAAUACGAUGGGGAAUCUCAUUUUUUCAUUCAAUAUCUUCAUUGAGGAUAAUAACAUAGAAUUACCUGAGAUUGUUGUCAAUAUAAGAAAAGGGUUCAAAGACUUUUGUAGUCAUAAGGCAAACAGAUUCAAAGGUGAAGACGCUUUAGCGGUCAUUUCUACAUCCCUUAGGGAGGAGGAUCAACUAACCAGCAAGAUGGGAGUGAACAUCUUUCGGUUUACAAGUAUGUGCGGAUUUCCUCUUUAUGAUAUGGAUUUUGGGUGGGGGAAACCCAUUUGGGCAACUUGUCGACCUGGAUCAUUCAAGAAUAUAUUUACUUUGAUUGAUACCAAAGGGGGUGAAGAUAUUGAAGCUUGGGUGAACCUGGAAAAACAAGAGAUGGAUGUAUUUGAACGUAGUGAGUUGCUUCUUAGUUUUGCAACUUUGAACCCAAGUGCAAUAAUUGUGGGACGCUCCCUCUUGUGA